UAAUUGAACUGAGCAUGCGCAUUGCACAGGCUACGUCGCGAUCGCAUGCAUGAAAACCUAUUUGCAAAGCUCGCGCCGUCGAGCUGCGGUAACGAGUAAGCUCCGAUCCCCUAGCCGCUGCACGCCCGACUCGCUGGCUGCUGGUGUAUGGUGCAUGCUAGUAUAAAGUAAAUAGCUGAGAUUGACUAGCCUGACGUUACACGGCAGACGUGUUUAGCACGAAACUGCCACCACAAUGCUUGACAAUGGCGCGGUUCGAGCUCCCUUUUGACUGGGAAUAGGGUUCACUUUCUUGAUUACAACUUGGAGACAAUUUCAAUGUACCUUCUCUGGACUGUAGCCGUAGUUUCGUCUGCAGCACUAACGUUGAUUCUGCCAUCAAACGAUCGAUCCGAGUUUGUGAAUUUGAAAUGUGGAUGGGAGCUACCGCUAGACGAAAACGCGACUUAUUUUUGAAUUGGUUCGCCCGCGUCAGGGGCGGGGAUCAAGCUUAGCUUCAGCCCUCAGGCUCAGCAGCCUUGGGUUCAGCUGGAGAAAGAAUUGGAACUGAAGUCAGAUUCAGAAUAUCGUCAAGCCAGACCCAAGUAGUAAAGUCUACAUGUAACUGAUGGAUUCUAUGGACUCUCCCCUUUUGGACAAAGGGCCCUCAACUGGUCUCCAAUUCAAGUAUACCCCGACAUCAUUCAGACCUCAACCACCCCCAUUCAUUGCGGCUUCACAGAACAAAGAUGAUAAUUGGAGGAAGGACAGUACAUGCCAUCAUCAAUUGAACUCCGAGAAUGAAGAAUCUGGAAACACAGAUCCCCAUGGCAACAAUAACAACACCGAAGUCGAAGUUGAGAAGAUGAUGUCAUCUACUACUUCUUCCCUUGCAAAGCAAGGAGUAACAGUACUAGUGGGAUGUGGAAUAAGCGAUCUAUCGAGUGAACAGUCUUCGCUGACACCUGUCGCUAUUCAAGGUAACCAAAGACUUGAGAACAGUAACAUUGAGAUGGAUAGCAAACCUGCUGUCUCGUUGGACAACCUUCUGGUAGGUGGCUUAUCAGAUGGAGCGCACCAUAUGACAGCGAUUAGUGGAAAAGGUGGCAUGAUAAAUCUAAGCAAUAUAUCUUCCAGCAAGUCUAGUAGUUCCAUAGGGUACACCAGGACCAUAUUCCAUACCGACCAUGUGGGCGAUGGAAACGAGUACAAGAGUGAACCGGAGCCAAUCAUGGACAGACCUGAAGAAAAUACACGAAGCACAUUACUGGUCUGUAAAUGGGCAUCAUGCUACCAGAGAUUCAAUAGGCUUGAAGAAUUGGUUUAUCAUGUUAAUGAGAGACAUGUGAGACUUGAGAAAGAUACAGAGUAUUGCUGUAGAUGGGAAGGCUGCCAGAGGAAAGGAAAAGGAUUCAAUGCAAGAUACAAGAUGUUAAUCCAUGUACGUACACACACUAAUGAGAAGCCUCAUCAAUGCCCGCUGUGUCUCAAGAGCUUUUCACGACUGGAGAACCUCAAGAUCCAUAACCGCUCUCAUACAGGUGAAAGGCCGUAUGUGUGUCCAGUAGAGGGUUGCAACAAAAGGUACUCUAACUCUAGUGACCGCUUUAAGCAUACACGGACACACUUAGAGGAAAAGCCAUACAGCUGCAAAGUGCAUGGCUGCCACAAACGAUACACGGACCCUAGCUCUUUACGCAAACAUAUAAAAUCUCACGGUCACUACGCAAGUCGUUAUUCUUCCAAAUCAACAGACUCCUUAUCCAAUAGUACUAAUUCGGUGACUGCAAUAACAGGACCUGUCGGUUUGAGUAUAACAUCAACAUCGCCCUCUUUGUCCAUAUCCCCACCGGCACCUACUCCCAAACCCAUCGUGCCACCGGUACCGGCCAUAACGGCAAUGACUACUGGGACAAGCGUAUCCGAUGGAGUGAUCGUCUACCCUAUCAUCGUACACCCUCCGAAUUUACCACCUCACUAUAGCUACGUGACGGUACCCACGGGGGCGCUGACCAGUAUAUCAACUGCCUUACCCACAAGCCCCCUCUUCUCCAGCCCUGUCGUCCCAUCCAGUAGCAUCAUGGGUAAUCAUCUGCUAGAGCCUUCUACCAUAGGGACUGUUCCGCAAAGUGCCAAAUUUGAUGCGACCUAUGCCGGUCUGAACCUUGGUCUUGGUGCCUUACCGAUGGACACCACCAAGAGGGAUGACAGACUUCGACUUUCCAUCAAACCAUCGGGAAUGGAAGUCCUGAUGCCUAAAACACAAUCUGUGCCUUCUACUUCUGUUAUUUCAACUAGCAUGUCAUGAUAAUAGUACUUCUAUCAGUAAUUAGUUUGUUUUUUAUAGAGUUUAUGAAGUAAUCUUGUAUUCAUAUUUUCAUAUAUGGGCAAUAUAGUCAUCAGCUUUUCUAUUUCAAUUUUUAGUAUGGUGCCUUUUUUAAUCAACUAUUUAAAUAGAAUUUCGAAGUUAUACAUUUUAGGUCAUGGAUCAUUUUAUACUGUGAGAUAAAUUUGUAAAACUGCAUUUUAUGAUGUACUGUACAUCGUUGAAUAUCAACAAAUCUUAGGACAUCUUGCCUUGGAAAAGUCUUGUUCUUUUUGACUUGGUUGUCAACUAAAACAUUGCACCGGUAAUUUGACAUAAUUUUAGCUUUAGUUGAAGAUGUUUGAUUGAACAGUAAAUUAUUUUAAUCACAACACUGGAACUUAGCAUUCAGUGAGCGCACAAUCUAUAUAAUAUAUCGUUUUAAUGUAUUUUUUAUUUGUAGAUUUCAAGUCCUCUUUAUUAUGCCUAAUUUACUGCAAAUUUGUAUUGACAAGGAUAAUGCGAAGUAUGGUUCCUCAAUUCAUUAUUUUUCUCACAUUGUGAAUGUUAAUAUGAUUAAAGUUAUACAUGUUUUGAAAAUAUAUUGUUCUGUUUAAAUGGCACACAGAAGACAAUCAAAGAAAAAGGGGUGGAAUUGAUUGAAAUCGAUCAAUGGAUAUAUCUUGUAUUGAUUGCAUUAUUUUUUGUCUUUUUGUUUUUCCCUUUACUGAUUAUACAAUGUUUGUAUCUUACGAGUCACUAAUUCCUACUCCAAUUUCACAAAGUUAUCAAACUUCGGGGCUAAACUUCCAUAUCAUAUUUAAAGGCCCACUACAAUACAUAAACCCGAGAUGCAGACUAUUUCUUAGUAUUUUGUAAUGUUUUUGCAAAAAACUCUGCAUGUUUGAUGGAAAUGAAUGUUCAUUUUAGAACAUUUUCAGGGCUUAAAUUAACCCAAGACCAUGGCCUCCAAUGCCCUUAAAAGUGGUGGCCUUAAUGCUCUUCCAAAUAUAUUUAGCCUUUAAGGCCAAAAUAAAGCACCCUUUUUGCCUUUGGCCUUAAUGCCCUGUGGUAAUCCAGUGUCAUUGGAAAGUAAAUUUGGUUACACUUCGUAAUUCCGAAGGUUCUUUAUUCCGAAGGCUCGUAAUUCCGAAACACGUAAAUUGCCUAUACCUCGAUGUUCGUUUAUCCGAAAAAGUAAAAGGGUUCGUUAAUCCGAACAUUUGUAGCGUUAUUCCGAAGGUUCGAUAAAACGAAAUAAGGCUCGUUAAUCCGAAAACGAAAUAAGGUUCGUUGUUCCGAAGGUUCGUUAGUCCGAAAACGAAAUAAGGUUAGUUAAUCAUUUAGUUUUCGGACUAACAAACCUUCGGAAUUACGAACCUCAUUUCUUUUUCGGAUUAACGAACCUUCGGAAUAGCAAACCUCAUUUCGUUUUCAGACUAACGAACCUUCGGAAUUACGAACCUUCAGAAUAACGAACCUUCGGAAUAUCGGAACCUUCAGAAUAACGAAGCUUCGGAAUUACAAAUGUAUGAAAAUUUAACUAUUGAUGCCUUUUUAAUGGCCUUGGAUGCACCCUGAAGAGAGCACUGCCUUCCUUUCCUUAAAGCGCCCUUUUAACACAUUACCCUGCCCCUGUGAAUUCUUAAUUUGAGCCCUUUAUUAUCACCCCCCAAAAAAAGUUUUUGGCCCUCAAAAUACUGCAACACUGUUCAAAAGAUUGCAGUAUUUUUGUUGCAGGAAAGGUUCUUCCACAAAAGAUGCAUUUUUUACCUCUCAACAUACCCUAUGGUAUCUGUGAUGUACAAGAUGGUGCUACAUUGUUAUUUUCUGAUCAUUCAACAACAUGAUAACACAUACAUGUAUUAAACACCUUGAUAUUUGACAAGCUUAAUGUUUAAGUGGUUUUAUGGAGCACCGUAGAAGGAUAGGGCAUUGUUGUGCGCUGCUAGAAGCAGUAUUAGCCUUUACUUUUUUGUUUGUUGAAUAUCUUUUUUCACCGUUUUAUUUUGACAAAGCAUGAUAACGUGCAGACUGUAUUGGAAAGAUUGUUUUGUUUUGUUUUUUGCAUUAUUUUCUUGUAAUGACAUCACAAUUUCUGUUACUGGAGCGAUUUUACAACUCCUUAUGAUUUUUUGUAAACAUUAUCACAAAAUGUGAUGCAUGUACAAAUUUUCACCUCAUGAGAGUGAUACCAGUGAUGAAUUAACAUUGUAGAAAAUGUUGUUUAUUCAACGAAGUCUUUAAUAGAUGAAAUGGAAGCGAACUUUAGAUGCAUUUAGUGCAGGGGUUAUGUGGGAUGGCCACCCUAUAGCAGUCUCUCAGCAACAUUUGAAUUCAUAAAUGCGGUAAUGGUCUGUAAUUCUUCAGCAAUUCCUGUCUGAACGAACAGUUACAAUUAUCAGGCCUGCAAUUAUGGUUGCAACAUCAUCUCAAAAGAUUUUAAAUUCUAACCUUAGUUAGUAUUAAUGUAUGAAAUAAACUUCCAGAGGACUGUUUCAUAAAGCUGUUCGUAAGUUAAGAGCGACUUUAAAGGGGAAUCCAGCCUUGGCCAUUGAAUGAUGUGUUGGGAAGGAGAAAAAUAAAUUAAACAGAAUGGUGAAAGUUUGAAAGAAAUCGGACAAGCAAUAAGAAAGUUAUAGCUGCUUUAAAAUUGAGAUCACUAAUACUAUGUAGAUUUCAAAUUGGCAACUGGGUAAGUAAAUUAUGACAAGGGGCAAGGACAACUUUCCCAUAGGCCAUGUACUUUAUUAUCAGGGAUUUGUGGUUUUCUCCCAAGUACCCGUUCCCCUGGGGCAGUAAUCUAAAUAUAACCCAGGUAGUAUAUUGUUUUAUGUCCUCAUGAAAGAAAAAUAUAAUUUGAAAUAAAACUUUUAGGAAAAAUUACAUUUUAGCCAUAAUAUGUAUUGGAGUACAUGGAAGUGUAGUCCUUGCCUUACAUCACUAUGACAUCCCAUAUGCGGCCAAUUUGAAGUCUCCAUGGGUAUAGUGAUUACCAAUAUUUACAACUUUUAAAAAUUCAUAACUUUCUUGUUGUUUGUCCAAUAUUGUUCAAACUUUCACCUAUCAACUUGUAUGAUGUUUCUUUUUCUUAUAAAAACAAGUUUUUAUUUGGGUUGGAUUCCCCUUUAAGAAUGACUGGUGAUCCUUUCUUGUGGUGAAUGAUAUUCACCAUUAAACGUUCAUUGGUGAUCAUUUAGCGCGUAAAAAAGGAUCACCAGUCAUUCUUAAAGUCGCUCUUAACCUACGAACAGCUUUAUGAAACACCCACCCGAUUUGUCAUCGAAUGCUAGUGUUUCAAGAUUAUCAGGCAGUUUGAGUUAUGUCAGGGUUAUGAUAUGUUGAUGACAAAAAAAAACCUUUUGUUAUAACUUCAUGUGUUUUGUGAUUAUUAGUUUUUAAUACUGUAGAUUUAAUUAGCAAUUGUAUCUUUUCCUUUAUAUGCAAUGGAAAUAUAAGCUUAUGGUCACCCAUUUUAUGGACUACCUACUUUAUUCUUCUCAGUAAAAUCACAAUUCACAAAAUAUGGACUACAUGUACUUAAUGUAUUUAUGAUCUUAGAUUAAUACCUGUCACAUUUCCCCUACGGCGGCCGUAGGGCGAGUAAAAAAACGGCUGUUUUAUUCAUUUUUGUCUCACCUGCAUAGCAGAGUGAGACUAUAGGCGCCGCUUUUCCGACGGCGACGGCGGCGGCGGCGUCAACACCAAAUCUUAACCUGAGGUUAAGUUUUUGAAAUGACAGCAUAACUUAGAAAGUAUAUGGACCUAGUUCAUGAAACUUGGCCAUAAGGUUAAUCAAGUAUUACUGAACAUCCUGCCUGAGUUUCAUGUCACAUGACCAAGGUCAAAGGUCAUUUAGGGUCAAUGAACUUAGACCAUGUUGGGGAAUCAACAUCAAAAUCUUAACCUAAGGUUAAGUUUUUGAAAUGUCAUCAUAACUUAGAAAAUAUAUGGACCUAGUUCAUGAAACUUAUACAUAAGGUUAAUCAAGUAUCACUGAACAUCCUGCUUGAGUUUCACAUCACAUGACCAAGGUCAAAGGUAAUUUAGGGUCAAUGAACUUUGGCCGAAUUGGGGGUAUCUGUUGAAUUACCAUCAUAACUUUGAAAGUUUAUGGAUCUGAUUCAUGAAACUUGGACAUAAAAGUAAUCAAGUAUUACUGAACAUCCUGUGCAAGUUUCAGGUCACAUGAUCAAGGUCAAAGGUCAUUUAGGGUCAAUGAACUUUGGCCAAAUUGGGGUAUUUGUUGAAUUACAGCCAUAAAUUUGAAAGGGUGUUGGUCUAGUUCAUAAAACUUGGCCAUAAUAGUAAUCAAGUAUCACUGAACAUCCUGUGCGAGUUUCAGGUCACAUGAUCAAGGUCAAAGGUCAUGUUAAGGUCAAAGAACUUUGGCCACGUUGGGGGUAUUUGUUGAAUUGCCAUCAUAUCUCUAUAAGUGUAUUGGUCUAGUUCAUAAAACGUGGAAAUAAGAGUAACCAAGUAUCACUGAACAUCUUGUGCGAGUUAUAGUUGUUUUCAAAAUCAGCACUGCUGCUAUAUUGAAUCGCGUGAUGCAGGUGAGACGGCCAGAGGCAUUCCACUUGUUAUUCAAACCACCUAUAUGUAGUUGGUACAAAAAUGUUAAAACUGCCGUUUUUGACUCGCCGUAGGGGAAAUGUGAUUGAGGUAUUACCUUAGGUAUUUAAAAAUGUGUUGAUUGAUAUAGAAUGUUUGGGUGACUAAAUGUUCAUUUAUUCAUUUGAAUGGUAUUGUUGAAAAAUUGUCUGUUUCUAAAUUUCACUACUUGAUUGUGAUUUGUCCUGAAAAAUCAACACUUAUUGGUUACAAUUUUUCUCAUGAAGCCUGUCUUGAAUUGUAUGCAUUGUUCCUGAAAAUGCCUUUAAAAUGUUUGUCAACAACUUUUCUACAUUGUGUUAUAUAUUUUAUAUUCAUAGCUUACUUUUUUAUCAGGUAUUAAAUUUUGUUUAGCAGGUAUUUUUCUUUUACUGCAUUCAGAUAUAUUUGUACUUUAUAUGUAUCUUAUAUUGAACAGUAUGCCUUCUGAUCUAUGAAUGUUUUUUGUUUCCUUUUUGUACAAUUAUAGUACUAUUAUAUAGAAUUACAAUUAGUGUAGAUAUUUUUAAAGAAUCAAAAGAUAUCUAAUUUGUACCAAUGUGAAUGCAUGUACAUGUAUGUUCAAUUACACUUUGUAAAUUAUAUCUUAAAACUCAGAAUUAUUAAUUUAGCCUUAUGAUUGUAUUCUGUGGCAUUGAAAGUUCAUUUAGUAAAAGAUGACUUAAAUCUUUUAUGUUCAUGGUGGUCCUUAUUUUUCAGAUGCUGUAUGUGUGAUGAAAGUUAUUGUAGAAAUUCUAGAACUACACCCUGUUAGUCGUUCUAUCCUUUUUUUCUUUCUUUUUACUUCACAGGCUUGCAAAAUCACACAUGUACAAAGGCUGAGAAAUAUACAACUUUCUUUAUUCUGAAUUCUGUCAUUUUAUUACUAAAAAUGACUUUAUUUUCUGUGAUGACAUUUAAGUAAAAAUUGAUAUUUUUUACACCAAUUAUUUUGAAAAAAUGCUUCCCACCAGCCCUAAAUGUUAAUACAUGUAGGUAAACAUUAUACACUGUACCCAAAAUUGAUUUGAGUAAGAACUCUAUUUUUUCAAAACACCCUAAAGUAGAUGAUAUCAUCUUGUAUUUAAUUGAGAAUUUUAUGAGGAAAAUGAGAUUUUGAAAUAAAUGUUUUAUUGAAAGUUCUAUACAGUCAUUUUUUACACAGUAAUCAAAAGUGAAAUACGCAAUAUGAUUUUUACUAAAAUAUGAACGAGCAUGCAGCUUUAGAUUUGUAAUAUUAAACUAUGAUAGUUAUUUCUUCAAAUUUUCAUAUUAUAUGACAUUAUGAUCAUCAGGAAAAUGAAGUGCCUAAAUAUUUUCCAUGCUAUUUGUAUGCAGAUUUCUUGAUAGUUUUUUUAAUGUUUUAAGUGUAUAAUUUAAUGUAUUGGGGUAACAUGUUGAUUUUGAAUGAUUAGUGUUAUAAUCUGUGAAUACUGACGUAACUAAUACACAUUCAAUUGAACAUAAAGACAUCAGAUUUGUUUUGAAUGUAUGCCUCGAGAAUACUUGUGUAUUGAAAAAUCUUUUAGAGUGGUAUGGAGUUGCACCUUUAUGGAAGAAAGGUUUGCCAGGUAUUCUUUGUCUGUGUUAACACAAGAAAUAACAAGGUCUGCAUGAAAAAAAUGAGUAGGUGUGGAUAAUGAAAUGCUAAAUCUUUGGCAAUUUUUAUUUUUUGGGGGUAUAAGGGGACAUCAGUUUUGUCUCGCCUGCAUAGCAGGGGGUAUAAGGGGACAUUAGUUUUGUGUCGCCUGUAUAGCAGAGCAAACUAUAGGCACCACCUAUCACAACCAAAGUUAAUUUUUUGAAAUUUCAUCAUAACUUAGAAUUCUAUGGACCUAUUUUGUGAAAAUUGAACAUGAGGGUAUUAUCACUGAUCGUGUUGCAUGAGAUUCAGGUCACAUAACCAAGGUCAAAGGUCAUGUAGGGUCAAUGAACUUUCACCAUGUUAUGGUAUCAACAAUGAUCUUCAUCAAAGUUGAAUUUUUGAAAUGUCAUGUUAUACCGAGGUUAUACCGAGGUUUUUACCUGACUGCUAAGAAAGCACGAAUGCCUGUGAGCAAGCAACCAGGGGACCGACGGCUUAAGGUCCUCUCCAAGGGACCUGGUAAUGAGGAUAAAUGCCUUACCAAAGGGCACUAGCGCACCACUUGGGAAUCGAACCCGGGUCACCGGAAUUCGAAACCCCCGCUCUACCGACUGAGCUAUCGCGCCUCCCUAAUCAUAACUUUGAAAGUGGAUCCUUUUCAUGAAAAUUGAUAAGUUGAGUAAUCAAGUAUCACUGAGCAUUUUGCAAGAGUUUCAGGUCACAUGAUCAAGUUCCAAGGUCAUUUGAGGUCAACAAACUUAGUAUUUCAUAAUUAAAUUAUAAUUUUUUAAAAUCUUAGUUGCUUUCAAAGUCAGCAAUGCUGCUACAUGUAUAUCGAAUUGCAUAAUGCAGGCGAGAUUGCCAGAGGCAUUUUUCUUGUUUAAUAAUACAGUACUAUAGUUAAUGUCAAAACAAUGUACUCUGAUGAUAUAGUACUCUUUGAAUUAAAUAUAAUGAUUAUGAAGUGGUCAGUAUUUAAACAUAUAUACCCAUUUUUGAAACUUAGAGCAAAUCAAGAGUUACUCUGUCAAUGAGUUAAUUUGUCUUCUUAAAUUAUGAUUUGUAAACAUGAUGGGGGUAAUCCUGUUUUUUUUUCUUCAAUAAAAUCAUUUAUUUUAUAUUGAGACAAUCAUGAUACCACUAACAUACUGAUCUUUUGUUUAUUUUCCACUCUUAGUUACUUUCACACAUAACAGCAUUUUAAUGAUACAAGUUACAUUAGGAGACCGAUGUAUACACUUUACUUUUAUAUUUCAUCUAGAAAUGUUAUGUCACGCUGACAUAUUGACUUCAGAAUGUGAUAAUUACCUUUGUUUACGUUCUAGCAAACUAUAUUGAUUGUCAUGUUUCACAUGAGUAUUGUGAAUUGAGAUAUUUUAGUUCCUGCAUUAUGUAUUUAAUCCAGUAUUUAUGUUCUAUUCAAAUACUGGGUUAUCUUAUACCCUACUCUUCCACAAGAGGAAUGCAACUAUUCAUCUUUUGUACUGCUGACUUAUUAAAUCUGUUUUGGCACUUAA